AGUGCGGGGUCUGUGGAUCAUUGGGAGAUGCAAGCUGCUUUGGUUGCAGUUGCCCAAACGCAGCCGCCUACUUGCCAACUUCUCUGCCUUAGUCCCGGGGUGUCGGGAGGCACUGGAGUCCAACCAUGCAGCCGGGAGCAGCGCUGCAGGCCAUGUUGCUGGCGGUGCUGCUGGCCAAACCAAGGGAUUCGAAGGGUCGCCUGCUGAGCGCCCCGGACUUGGACCCCAGAGGAGGGCAGCUGGUCUGCCGGGGAGGGACACGGAGGCCAUGCUAUAAAGUCAUUUAUUUCCAUGAUGCCUUUCAAAGACUGAACUUUGAGGAAGCCAGAGAAGCCUGCGUGGAGGAUGGGGGAGAGCUAGUCAGCAUCGAAACAGAGGAUGAGCAGAGGUUGAUAGAAAAGUUCAUUGAAAACCUCCUGGCAUCUGAUGGUGAUUUCUGGAUUGGCCUCAAGAGGUUGGAGGAGAAACAGAACAACAAGACAGCCUGCCAGGACCUUUAUGCUUGGACAGAUGGAAGCACAUCACAGUUCAGGAACUGGUAUGUGGAUGAGCCUUCCUGUGGCAGCGAGGUCUGCGUGGUCAUGUACCAUCAGCCAUCAGCAGCGCCCGGCAUCGGGGGCUCAUACAUGUUCCAGUGGAAUGAUGACCGGUGCAACAUGAAGAACAAUUUCAUUUGCAAAUAUUCGGACGAUAAACCAAGUGUACUGCCCUCUGCUAGGCCUGGAGGUGAAGCAACUGAGCCAACAACACCCAUGCUUCCAGAAGAAAAACAGAAGGAAGACACCAAAGAAACAUUUAAAGAAUGCAGAGAGGCUGCUUUGAAUCUUGCCUACAUCCUAAUUCCCAGUAUUCCCCUUUUCCUCCUACUUGUGGUGACUUCUGCUGUGUGUUGGGUUUGGAUCUGUAGAAGAAAACGAGAGCAGCCAGACCCUAGCACAAAGGAGCAGCACACCAUUUGGCCCACUCCUCACCAAGAAAACAGCCCCAACCUAGACGUUUACAACGUCAUCAGAAAACAAAGUGAAGCUGAUUUAGCCGAGCCCCGGCCAGACCUGAAGAACAUCUCCUUCCGCGUGUGUUCUGGGGAAGCCAUGCCAGAUGACAUGUCUUCUGACUAUGACAACAUGGCUGUGAACCCUUCGGAAAGUGGGUUUGUGACUUUGGCAAGUAUGGAGAGUGGAUUUGUGACCAAUGACAUCUAUGAAUUCUCCCCUGACAGAAUGGGGAGGAGCAAGGAGAGUGGGUGGGUAGAAAAUGAAAUAUAUUACUAAGACAUAUGGAAAAACUGGCAAGAAUGAAGAAGGAGAAGCAAAGGCCUCCGGUUUCUUACAAGGACAAUAUUCAGAAAGCUUAUGAAAAGGCUCAGCUCAGGUUUUAGGGGUGAGCACAGCACUACAACUUCCUUCUGGGUCCCCAAGUUCUGGCUGUACUCCUCCGAGAGCCUCACCCAGCUUAGCCUUGUGAGAAGGCACCUUGCCCAGGGGCUGCUGCACAGCAGACUUGCAAUGAUUGUCAUCCAGUGGCUUCUAACUGAUGUUCAAGGGCUGGUGCUGUUACUGAUCGGGAUUAAGAGGUGACCAGGGAGCUUGGAAAGCCCACCUCUAGGUUCUGUUUUCCUUGCUCUAUACAGCAGCACAGGCAAUCACAAAAACACAAACUGUGGAAUACCCUCUCAAAGCAUCUGUAUGGAAGCCCCAGGCUGGCCUGCACAUCAACAAUUCCCAAACCUGCACCCCACCCCACCCCUGAAAAAAAAAAAUCCAAUAAAAAGCAGGAAGCAGAAUGUUAGUCAGUCUGUGUCUACAGCCCUUCCUCUGCAUGUGACCUCAGGGGAACUUUUUUUUUUUCAUUCUCCCGACAUCUAAACUUGGAAAAAUCCAACUUGGAAAUACUUUAGAAAGUAAAAAUGAGCUCUGUGUUUGCUUCCCGGCUUCUUGUUCUCUGGGCUCAGACAGUAUGUGCUGUUCUGGGGAUGGGUGGCAGCAACAAGGGAAAUUGUGUGCAGGACUGGUGAAGAGUAGACAUACUAAGGAUAAGGAGAGGCAGGCUUCCCACUAUCAGAGAAGGCACCAGAAGGGAGGAAACUGGAAUAGGUCCUAUUGUGUGCAACGGGAAUAGAAAACAGUGCUGUCACUGUGGAGCUUUACAUAUUAAGUAUGCAUAUAUAUGUGUAUGUAUAGAUGUGUAUAUGUGUAUUCUCCACUAAAUAACCCAGUACUCCAUGAAAUUGGAUGACUCAAGGGCAGAAGCAGAAAAAAAUAUGAGUUACUUGAGUAAUGAAAAGGGAACAACGGGUACCUAAACAUAGGUAGAAUUAACAAGUUUAUUGUUCUAUGGAACAAUGAGGGCCUGCACAUCACAAUGACCCAUUACGUAUUUGUGAAUAACUACAAGAAAAAAGCUCAAGGGCAGCAAACACAAAAUCAUGAUAGAAAUGUAAUAUUUACUGCCUUGGUUGACCACACACAUUGUGUAUUUGUACUGUUAAGUGACACUAUUGUUAAAACAUAUUUAAAGAGAUUGGGAAUGAGAGUGGUCAUUUGUGAAACUUUAUACCACCACUAAGCAAGCAGACUGGGAAUCAGCAGAUCACAAAAGCCAACUCAUAAUGGCUCACCUUUAGUAAUGAGGAAUGAUUUGAAUAUUAAAUCAUUAAAAGUAAAAUUGACAAAGAGAAUGUAUUCAUUAGAUAAAAACAUGGGCAUAUGCUGAUACAAAUGAGUGAAUAAACUAAAGCUGAUGUAGAA